AUGGGCACCAGGCAGCAGAUGAAGGUCGUCAUAGUGGGCGCUGGCCCGGUGGGCUCACUAGCGGCCCUUUAUGCCGCACGUAGGGGCCACAGCGUGGAGAUUUAUGAGCUUCGAGAUGAUCUCAGAGACCCCUCAACCACUCUCCUCAACUUCACCAGGUCCAUCAACCUGGCCCUCUCGGAGAGGGGGAUCCAUGCGCUCCGCCACGCGGCCGAGCCGCGGCUACUCGACGACAUCUUCCGGGACAGCAUCCCGAUGCGGGGGCGCAUGAUCCACGGCCGGAGGGCGCGCUCGGGCGAGCUGUUUGAGCAGGCGCAGGACUACGACAUACACGGCAGGAGCAUCUACGCCAUCGACCGCGCCGGGCUCAACUCGCGCCUCCUGGACGUGCUCGAGGAGAUGCCCAACGUCAGGAUAUUCUUCAAGCACAAGCUGACCGGCGCAGACUUCAAGGCCUGCAAGGCCUGGUUUGAGGUCCAGGGCACCGAGUACGCCACGGGCCGCGCCAGGGAGAUCGAGAUCGAUUUCGACUUUAUGAUCGGCGCCGACGGCGCCCACUCGGCCGUGCGCUAUCACAUGAUGAAGUUUGCCCGUAUGGACUACCGCCAGGACUACAUCGACACGCUGUGGUGCGAGUUCCACCUCAAGCCCAGGGACAGACCGGCGGCCGCCAACGGCAACGGCAGUGCCCACGGAAAGGCUGCCGAGUCCCAGUUCGCCAUAUCACCCAACCACCUGCACAUCUGGCCAGGCAAAGACUUCAUGUUCAUCGCCAUCCCCAGCAACGACGGCUCCUUCACAUGCACGCUCUUCAUGCCGAGCGGCGAAUUCGCAGCCCUCGAGGCCGCACCCUCACGCCUCCCCGCCUUUUUCGACUGCCACUUCCCGGGCGUCACGGACAUCAUCCCAACCGACGAGCUCAUCGCAUCCUUCAAAGAAAACCCGCACCUGCCGCUGAUCAGCAUCAAGUGCUCACCGUACCACUUCUCGUCGUCCGCCGUCAUCGUCGGCGAUGCCGCGCACGCCAUGGUGCCGUUCUACGGACAAGGAAUGAACGCCGGGCUGGAGGACGUGCGGAUCCUGUUCGAGACGCUGGACAAGCACGCCGAGAUGGCGCGCAACCACCAAGAAGACGGCGACGAGGACGACUACGACGACUAUUACGACGCGACCGCCGCAAAGCACGACGCGCACCACCGCGCCAUGGCCCUGGCCGAGUACACGGCGCUGCGCGUGCCCGACACGCACUCCAUCAACGACCUGGCGCUGCAAAACUACGUCGAGAUGCGCUCGUCGGUGCUGUCGCCGUCGUACCGCCUGCGCAAGUUCCUCGAGGAGAUGCUGUCCGUGUACCUGCCCUCGCUCGGCUGGCAGACAAAGUACGCCCGCGUCUCGUUUGGCAACGAGCGUUACUCCGAGGUCGUGCGCCGCAGCGACCGCCAGGGAGACAUCCUGCUGCGUGGGCUCGUCGCCUCGGUGGGCGUGCCGCUCUUGGCCACCUCGGCCUUCCUGCUCAUCAAGUACAGGCGGGCGUUGGGCGUGAGCGUCGAUGGCCUGUGUUCCUUUUUGUCGAGGACGCUGGGCAGGGGUUGA